AUGUCUUCAGGAAAAGUUAAAGAAAUAAUAUUUUUGGGUACGGGAUCUUCCUCGACUGCUCCAGAUAUUGUUUGUUUGACGGAACCAGAAAUUAAAUGUACAACUUGUUUAUCAACUCUUAAGCCAGAAGGUGCGAUUAACAUUAGAAAAAACACAUGUUUAUUGAUUAGAUUUCAUCAUGGGGACGGAGGAAUUAGAAAUAUUAUAAUAGAUUGUGGCAAAACAUUUUAUGAGUCAGCAAUAAAAUUUUGGCCAAUUUUCAAACUACGUAGAAUAGAUGCAGUAGUAUUAACACAUCCACAUGCAGAUGCUAUUAAUGGAUUGGAUGAUUUACGUUCUUGGACACUAAACAAAGCAAUACAAGAAUAUAUUCCUAUCUAUCUAACAGAAAAUACACUUGAAAACAUCAAAAGCUCUUUCCCAUAUCUUGUUGAUAAAAAAAAAUCAUCUGGUGGGGGUGAUUUACCAUCUUUUCAAUGGAACAUAAUUGAUUCACAUACAAAUUUUACAGUUGAAGGGUUGGAAUUUACACCACUUCAAGUUCAUCAUGAAGAUACUUUUAUAAAAUUACAUGGAAGUGAACUGAUAGUUCUUGACUCACUAAAUCCUGUAGAUGUGGUAAGAAAACUUAACCCAAUACCAAAAAAAGCAUUUAUUGUUGGUCUUUCUCAUUCUAUAGAAUAUUAUGAUUUAGUCAGAGAAAUGAAAGAAUUGCAAGAGAAAGAACCAGAUUUGUAUGUCAGGCCUGCUCAUGAUGGGUUAAAUAUCAAGAUUGAAGAAUUAUCAGCAUGA